GGUGAGAUACGCGUUUUACCGCUCACUCCAUGUGAAAAUGAUUUUGGUUUGUGUGGAGCAAUAACAGGCUUCUACAUUUUUAUCACGAAUACAGAACCAUGCCGAUCUCCUGUUCAGCUAUUGAUUGCUCAAACCGGUUUGUUAAAGGGUCAGAGAUCCGGUUCUAUAGGUUUCCAAUCAGCAAGCCUCAGCUGGCCGAGCAAUGGGUUCGAAGCCUCGGGAGAAAGAACUUUGUUCCCACUCAAAACUCCUGUUUGUGCUCGGAGCAUUUUCAGCCUGACUGCUUCCGUGAUUAUAAUGGAAAACUGUUUCUUAGAGAGGAUGCUGUGCCGACUAUUUUCAACUCUGGAGGAGAUGGUACAAAGAUUGAGUUACGGAAAAACAGGGGAGGAUUAGUGGCAAAGGAUGUAAAUGAUUCCAGUCGAUUCAGUUCACUUUCUGAUAAAGACAGAGCCAAACAAAUCACAAAGGACAGAAGACAACCCAUAAGAGACUCCAGCCUGAAGGGCAGAGGUAUAAAUGACCGGAGACGUGCUGGGAUAAAGCUCUCAUCAAGUGACAGACAGUCCCUGUCUCUCAAGAGUAAAGUGUAUGACAACAAAGGCUUGCUGAUCUCAUGUGGGAGGGAUCUGUGUGACUGUCUGGAUGUAGACUGCAUGGGUUGCUUCUACCCAUGUCCCGAGUGCGGCUCUCGGAAGUGCGGUGUGGAGUGCCGCUGUGACCGGAAAUGGUUGUACGAGCAGGUGGAGGUAGAAGGGGGAGAGAUUAUUCGCAACAAGUUUGCCAAUUAGAUAACCUGUUGGAAGAUAGAGAAGACGACAUCACUUCUGCCUCUGAGCGUAAAGGGACUGACACUGGCUUUGUAUAUGGACAUUGCAGAAGUACUUGCUUAAUUCAGUGCAUUUUUUAUUGUUUUUAAAUGUAAAAGUUUAAUAUAGAAUGUUAUCUUAUAUUUUUGCUUUUUUCCAUACCAUCACAAAUGUAAAUUUCUUUAAUUUCCAGUUCUUUGGUUAUGCUGUAAUGCUGUGGCUGUUUUUUUCCCUUGAAAUUUUCUUUUACAUUUACAAAAAUAAAAGCUGAGUGCUUUAGUGCAAAUG